CGUUUACAGAACUAUGCACUAUAGGAAGGGAGCUUUAGGUUUUUGCUUCAAAGAUGAACGCUCACGACACUGGUUUUGUUUAUAUAAGAGAUUUGGGUAACUAUUUGGACCACAAAGUUAAUGUCUUAGGUGUUGUUUUGGAGUUUAGUCUACCAAGAAAGAGCAGAGGAACUGAUUUUGUUUCGACAUUGAAGCUUAUUGAUGAAUCACAACAAAGUCCUGAAUUUUCAGUUAACAUCUUCACUAAGACUAUUGAUCAUCUUCCCCAUGUUAGGUCCUAUGGGGACUUGAUUCUCCUGAAAAAUGUUACGAUAAAAACAUAUGAGGGGCAAGUUUCUGGUGUUUUCUACAAGGAUUCCUCAUCAUUUGCUUUAUUUGAUGGAACACCUAGCACAGAAGCUGUUUUGUAUCAAUCUUCUCCAAGAUUUCUUCUACUAGAUUUUGAAAAGGAUUUUAUUAGUCAUUUAAGCCAAUUGUUUGAUGGUGUUCAAUUCAGUUCAGGAUCAAGUGAAUAUCUUCUUAAGUUGAAGAAUAUCCCAGAAAAGACUUGUUUUGACUUGGUAUGCAAGGUUUUGCAUAUCUCCUAUGAUGCCCAUAAGGAUGUGUGGAUGCUUUUUGUAUGGGAUGGAACUGAUGUUCCCCCAUUAAAUUUACAUGGAAAACUUGAGGAUGAAAAACAGAAUCCCCUUCCCCUGCAAAUUGAAUCUGUUCCUCUAGACCAUAAUAUUCUUCGCCAAUUUCAACCAAUUGGGACUGUGCUAAGAAUCAUGGCUGACAAAACCCAUGAAAAUCUUGACAAACAUUUCAGGGCUGUUGGCAAAUGGGUGAGAUUGCUUGAUGUAACUGGUCAAAUUUCAUCAGGAAUCUGGCAUGGAUUUUUAAAACCUUCUGCUAGAGUUCGUUUUCUUUCUGACGACAACAAUGUUGUCUUGGAUUUGCAUAGGGACUACAAUGAGCGAAUUUUUGAGAAUAAUGGUCAUUUGCCGCAAUGGAGCAAGUCUUCUCAUUUUUUGACUGUGAUUGAUUUGGAGGACAUCACGUUCGUGACAUUGAUGGAUGUUAUUACAAAUGCCAAGUUGAAUGCUAGCUUCUGUUGUAUUGUUCGUGUAGUAGCAAGCUAUCCAUCUGAAGCUGAUGACUUCAGAUCACCUUACUGUCCGAGUGCAACUAAGAUGAGAUUGACAUUAGAGGACCCAACAGCAAGAAUCCAUGCCUUUCUACGUGGUGAUGAAUGGAUGAAAUUUUUUGAUGGCUCCCCUAUUGAUGUUUUCACUACCAAACUAAAUAUGCUACUUGGUAUGCCGGAACGUCAGUAUGGCAGUAAUGAUGGUGAAUUUUCAAGGAGUCCGCCAUGGAUACAAUGUUGCAUAGAAGUGAAGAGAAGUGCUAAUGGAAGGCGUAAGCGUUAUUAUAUUUGUUCCACUAGGAUUGUGACUCAGUAGCCCUUUGAUAGUAUAAAUUACGUUUUUUGAUAAUCAAAAUAUGCAGAAGAGUGUAACAGAGUGUAUAAUAUCACAAGUUUUUGAUGGUGAUCCUUGCAAGCUUAAUAUAUAUAUCAAGUGUUGUAAAUAAUGUGGUUGUAAAUAUAAGAAAAUCUUGUGCUAUGUUUUGUUG